AUGCUGUCGGGGAGCGACGAAGAAACGUAUGAAGGGAAUGUGCAGGAUGCACAGAACACGUCUGAAAUCAAGUUCGAAGAAGAAGAAGGUGAAUCGGAGUUGACUCCCGAUGGCUUGGCGUACAGGGUCACCACCAUAGAUGCGGAGAUAGAGAAGUUCUUGGAAGUUGACAGCUGGAACCAUCAGCACGGCUUCGAGGAUGUCGGGGACGAUGUCGAGGAGAAGUACGUGGAGGAGCUGAAGACUGCCAUUGCUGCAGGGGACGAGAGGAGAGGCAACAUUAAGAAGGGUUUCGAGGAGGAAACGUCGAGGCUCGUUAGCAUGGAGAUGGAGAUCCAGGCGCUGGUGCAGGACUUGGAGCGAGUGGCGAAGGAUGCGAACACAGCGUAUGAGGAGGAAGCUUCAGCGGGGAAACCUGCCAGCACAAGCGAGCAAGUGAACCCUUACUUGGAGUACAGGAACAUCUCAGGGGAGGACAAGAAGGUGGACGACGGGCAUACACGAAGCAAGAUAGCUCGUCUCAAGGCAGAGAACGACAUUCUGAGAGAAUGCCUGAAACAGGGAGGGAGAGGCAACUUCUCCGCCUUUGUCGACAUGGUCGCAGGGAGAUAA